GCUUGUGACUAGAGUCGCUCGAGUGUCGAGUCGAGUGAGUCAGUACUCAGUCGGCAGGCGAGGAACGCACCGCGUGCACGUGUCACACGAAGCGUUGUUUACGAUACGCUUGUUAUAAGUGAAAUGAUAUUUUGAGUUUUUAUUUGUUGAUAGUUGCGGAUGACAAGUGUAUUCGGUGGACUAAACAUGUCUGCGUUGAGUGUGAGAGCGCCGGGGCUGCAGGCCACCGCAUUGGACACUAGGUCUCUGAGAGUCCACGGCGUCACGACCUUGGAUGGAGUCAGGAGAAACCUGUUCGGUUGUACGGAUAGAGAAGAGAACAGGAGGUUCGUAGAGAGAGAGCUGGCCAGGCAGCUGGAGCUCGACAGCCAGAGAUGGGGCUUCGACUUCGCGAACGAACAACCUCUGCCCGGCGCCCAGAGAUUCGCUUGGCAAUUGGUACCAGCUUCGAGUAUACCGGCCGCCUUAAGAAGAUCUCCGAUCACCAUCACCCCCAAGCCGAAGCCGGCUCAAGACACGAUGGUAUCCAGCCCGGAGAACACAAAAACACAGAAGAGAAUAACAGAUUUCCUGAAGCCAAGGAAACGUCUGCCGAGCAACAAGAAGUCGCCGGCACACAAACACAAACAUGAGUGUGGACACGGAGCUCACCUCCGCCCGCCCAAAGUGGCGCGACUCACACAGACACACUUCAAACGGAACAGUUAGAGAUCACCGUCACCAUCACCUCGGCAGCUGGCCCGCGGACCCCGGCAGGUCGGAGUUUAACAUUAAUUUAUUUAAGCAUCGGAGAACAAUAUAAUACUGUUAAGUAGUCGUUAAGGUUUGGGGGCGGGAGUGACGUCAUCACAGCGCGACAUCACACCCGGCCGAUAUAUUUAUAAUGUGACAAUUAAUUGUAAGCUUAUUAUGAUCUCUUUGACAAGUAAACUAAGUUAUAUUAGAUGUAGUGUAGUGUAGUAUAAUGUAGUGUAGUGUGUAACGGCAACUGUAGCCGCCGCUGGGUCCUCUAGUGCACGAGGUUCAGUGUGCCGACGCAGGGAUCUGAAUAACUUGAAAGAUCGUACGACACAUGCAAAUAUGAUUUCCACAGGGCUCGUAUGAGAUUUCGACUUAUUGGAUCACAUGUUUGUUAGUUGGGACGAUGACAAGUACAAAUUACCCUCUACUACCCCCUACCACCCCCCACUACCCUCCCCACCUGCCCGCACCCUCUGUUGUAGUGGCGCGCUCAUAUUACAUGAUGGCUCUGCCUCUCCUGACCGCGACAUUUACACUAGCGACUAUAUGAUGAAUUGUAUUGUGACGGCGAAAGACAGAGGACUGUUCACACCCGGGACUAGACUAUAGACUAUGAACUAUCUAUGUGUGGUCUCUUAAACAAACACGCGCACGCAGGACCAUCCGCGACAGUUGGUUUUUGUUUGUGAGAUUACACCGUGUUAUAUUUAUACAUACAUUUAUAUAUUAUGAUUGUUUUUAUAAAUUAUAGGUGGCCGUUGUUCACUAUGAGAUUGUAUUGUUUAUAACCUGUAGGUAACUCAGAUGUACGUUCUUAUAAUAUGAAUAUACUGUAAUGUCGUCGUAACACCUGUGAUGUAUUAAAUAUGAUCUCAGAAUAUUAUUAUACUUUGCAAUUGUCGUUUAUAUAUGUUUAAAAUAAGCAACGGCUGGAGCUCCCGUCGGCCGUCGAGGGAAUGAGAGAUAAUUAAUACAUCAAAUUAUUAUUUUAUAUUAUUUUUUUUUUGUUAAUAUAUUACGUUAAUGUAUGUCCGUCCGUCCCGACACUGUAAAUAAUGUGCGCACUCGUGUAUUUAUUACCGGGACGGAACAAGAGAAUUGAAAGCUCCAGAGGCAAUCCUGUUCACACUUAGUCUUAAACGAUGUAAUGCAAGAGUCGUCCGACGGUCGCGCGACUCCACACAGCCGGACGACUCGGCACAGACAGUAAGGAACAGACAGUCGUGUGAAAUGUAAAUAGUUGACCGAUAUAUUGUAAUAAUGUUUAGUGUAUUGAGUUCAACAUCAGCAUCAUGAUAUGUGUUAUGUAUAAAACUUAAUAUUAGUAUAAAACAAAGCUUACAUACGGUA